UGCAAACAUAAUAAGAAAUUGUGGCAUUUAAGGCUGUAAAUACGAAGACAAAAGAUGCCUUUCUAGUGGCAGCUACCAGAUUCAAGCAUUUAGCACCCCAGCCACUUGCAUAAUUUUGCAUGGCUUUCUUGUUUUAGGUGUGAGGGGCAAGGUGGCAUAUUGAUGACUGCUAUAUUCUGUAGUAACACAGAAUUGAUCCACAGAACUGCAGAAUUCAUCAAUGAAAUGUUAGCUGUAAUUCUGAAAAGGGAAAAAAAAACCCUAAGAGUGUUUUCAACGAUAUGUUGAACAAUAGCAACAUGUUCUAAUGGAUGGACAGAAAAUGCAACUCUUAACUACAAGGCACCUUGAAGGGUUCUUAGAAGUCUGUCAAUAAGAUUUGGUCUUCUGAAAAAUAUCUUCAACCUUUUCAGACCCAAGACUCACUUUUAACCCAAACUUUAAUUCAUCUCUUAAUCUUUUAACAUCAAUUUACAGAAUGGUAGUGUUCCUGUUGUGACCCAUCAGUUGAUGAACAGUGUUCUAAGAGAUGUGCUUUUAGUAGUAGUAUUUGAAUAUCAGCAGUUGUGGCUUCCUAUGAAAAUCUCUGCUGGCGCUGAUAUUAGGCAUGUAAUUCAGUGUCCUAAUUAAAUCAAGGACAUGCUUCAUCCCAUACCCUACAAUGUAAAUGUCCAGGGCAAAGAUUACCAGGGGUGAGAGCGUAGGUUAGGGAAAAGGUAUUCCACACUUGAGAGUUUUGCAAGAGGGGAAGAUUUGGUAGGACACUGAAACAUGCUGCAAAUAUCGGAUUGAAAACCAAUGUCUUAACCAGAACAAAAAUACUGGUUCCCAGUUUGGCGGCAUAGUUUGUGGGAAAUGUCCUGGGAGGUAGCAGAUAUUUCAGAAGGAAUGGAUGCCUCUCUACUCAUUGCAAGAAACCAGCUAUGCAAAUGGCUUAGUCUUAUGAAUCUGCCUGUGUAGCUUGGAUGUAGCUGGCAGUGGCUGAGCUCUCCAAAUGUUUUGACUGGGUAUUGCAAGUGCUGAAAUACUGCAUUAGAGCCACCUGGCCCAUUGACUUCUGGUAAAGAGAGACAUUUGGGUAGGUUGGGACAUUGCUUUAGCUUUGGUAGUUGUUGGUAGAACAGUUAAGAGACUAAGCUAGAAAUCUGGAAGUUCCCAGUUGUUCCCUCUGCCAUGGACACAGACAAGCCACCUUUUCUCAGCUUCAGUCUCCCCAUUUGCAACAGGAUGGAAUAAUAAUUCUGCACCUUACAGGGUGGUAGCUAGGAUGAUAAUGACAAAUGUUAAAUAGUAGUGCUUAGUGCUGCCUCAGGCUAGAGCAAAGGUUUGAAACUGAGCUGCUUUCUAAUAUUUCAAUCAAUCAAAAAUAUAAUUUUAUCCUGCUGUCCCAGGGAUGGGGAACCCUUUUCAGCCUGAGAGCCUUCUGAACAAUCACCCAGCAUCCAUAUGUGCAAGUGGUGGGUAGGACAAAUAUGAAUUUUGUUCCUGCACAGUAGGCUCAUUUCUUCAUAUUCAAACAUCCCCCCUAUAAACCCUCCCAUCCAGCCAUCAAAAGGCUCAUUCCAGCCAGGCAAUAACAGUCGAGCCUGCAAAGCAGAGGGAGGUCUGAGAAGAGUGUUUGCGGUAGAGUCCCACAGGUCAGUUAGAGGAUGGCAGGCUGCAUUUGGUCCCCUGAUGUUCUCCACCCAAGGAUCAAUUCUCCAGAUCACCUGCUUUCAAUUUACUACUGAAGACCUGAAGCUAUAGGGUUUGCAAAACCCACAAAGUGUGUCUUUUAAUAUCAAGUAUGGAAAGGGCUUUGCCAAUCCCAGUGCGUACCCCACAGGGCUAAAAAUACUCCCUGAAUGCAGGUGUUCUGCGUGUGAUUAAGCCACCGCUGUGCUCUGAAAAUGCAAGCAUGGUCCACGAUUCCCACUAGUCAGCUAACCCCGAAAGCCCACCCCUGCGUGUUCCUGGAUGUAAAACCAAAUCCACAGCCCCACAUUCCUGCAGAGGCUUGCUGGAAAUAACAUCUGCUUAUGAGAGAGGGAUGUAAAACCACAAGGACCCAGCCUUGCCUUGCUAUGCCUGUGGUAGACGGAGGUACAUGGUGUCCCCGGCAAUCGCAACUCUCCAGUGCUGCUUGCGCUAUUUCUGGGGCCGACGGCAGUCACUGCUUUGUAAGAAACCGGGUUGCCUUGUAAUUACCCUUCCCUUUCGCAAACAUCCAAGGCUGUCAUUUGCAGCUGUCCGGUGCUUAAUUCUCUGCAAAUAAAGCUUUCAGUUUGGCAAGCGCAAACAUCAAGCUUUUAGAUGCCGUUUGUGAGCAGUGCGAUCGCAGCAGCUGCCUCUUCUCCUCUUGCCUGUGCUUGGCCCAUCCAAAAAGUACCAUGUCGAUCGCACACACCGCGGGCGAGUAUAUGCUCUCGGAUGCUUUGCUUCCGGAUCCGAAUGGCUCCAGGGCAAAGGGGCUUCGCUUGGAGCUAUCGUGUGACCGCAUUGUGAAGUUUGUCACUGUGGGGCUGCCCCUGCUGCUCGUGUCCCUGUCGUUUGCGCGGGAAUUUUCGUCUGGCUCCCAGAUCAGUUGCUUCUCUCCCGCCAACUUCACAGGGAAGCAAUCGGCCUACGUUGACGCUGUGUGCUGGGACUCCUUGCUUCACCAUGACUACGAUACUGUGGGAGACUCUCAAUCCAGAUCUCUCUGGGUCCUCAAGGUCUUCCCAUAUUCCUUGCUGGUGAUUGCAGUCGCCAUGUACCUGCCUUCUCUGCUCUGGAGAUAUGCAGCUGCCUCGUCGCUGAACUGCGACCUGCUCUUCAUCAUCGAUGAGCUGGACAAAUCCUACAACCGUUCCAUCCGCUUAGUGCAGCACAUGGUGAAACUACAACAGUCUGGGACCGACCCAGAAGAGCUAUGGGAGGAAUAUGACAAGGCUCGCAGGGAACGCUAUUUUGAAUUCCCAUUACUGGAGAGGUACCUCACCUGCAAGCAGCGCUCCUACUACCUCGUUGGGGUCUACGUGCUACGGAACCUCCUCCUCCUCUUCCUCCUUGCUGCCACCUGCUUCUACUUAGCCUACUUCCACGUGGCCGUCUUUUUCCAAGAUGAGUUCAGCUGCACCAUCAAGGUGGGCCUGCUAAAAGAUGAGCUUCACAUCCCAGGUUCGGUCCCCUGCAAGCUCGUCUUCUUCACCGUCUUCCAGGUGACCAGCAUCUGCAUCGGGUGCGUGUACGUCCUUCUGGGGCCCGUCAUCAUCUACCACCUGCUUCAGUUGUGCCAAUGGGACAAGCGGCUCCUAUCCAUCUACGAGAUGCUGCCAGCUUUUGACCUCCUCAGCAGGAAGAUGCUGACCUGCCCUCUGAACGACCUGAACAUCAUUUUGCUGUUCCUGCGCGCCAACAUCUCGGAGGUCAAGUCCUUCAGCAGGCUGAGUGUGCUGUGCACUCUGAGGGAUGUCAGGGCGGAUAAGGAAGACAUUGACACGGUGGUGGAUUUUAUGACCCUCUUGGCUGGUCUGGAGAUGUUGAAGCCUAAGCACAAUCUCUGUGCCAAUGGAAACUCGCCUCAUCACAACAGUGAAAUUAUUGAAAUGAAGCCUGCCUUGGAAUCUAAAGAAGACUGACACGCCCAACCGGCAGCGGACUGUAGACAGGGCAGCCAACAGCAGAGGAAAUGGGACUGAUGAACAGUGCUAGGACACAAAGACAGCCGGUGCCCCCAUCCUACGUACAGCAAUGUGCUGUGUGCUUUCAUCGCGAUUCUAAGUUGCGUCAUGUUUUCCUGGUACAGGACUGCACCAUCCUAAGUGCUUGCUUGCUUAUUGGGUACAAAGUCCAUAGAAUUUAAUAUUUGGAAUACAAUUCUUGCACAGUGGCUAUAGGCUGCUGGCAGAAUCCUGGGCCUUUUAAGCUGCGGUGCAGACAGAUCGAACUUUUCCACCAUGGCACGUGUGAUUCACCUGUUUAAUAUCUGUUACAAACCUGCUGAAGGUGCAAUGGCCUUUCCAUGAAAAAAAAUAAAUAGUGGCUUUCUUAUGUUGUAUGCUAAUGUUCACCCAUUUGUCUCCCUUGCUGUGUUUGUUCUACAAACUAAUCAUUAAAUUUAAUGUCACACUGAUCAUUUGGGGAGUGUGCUCCUGUCUGACCUGGUUCUGACGUAGAAACCAUGUUACCAGCUGGAUCACAUCAACCCGGACACAAAGUAAUCCAUAUAUUCCAUCUUAAACACUAGUCCAGUCUAUACAGUGGUACCUCAGGUUACCUACGCUUCAGGUAACAUAUGCUUCAGGUUACAGAGUCCGCUAAUA